AUGAAUUCGUCUAAAAAAAUGCAAUUCGAAUCGUUACCCAAUGACUUACUACUCGAAAUCUUCGAUUAUCUCGAUGGCAUUGAACUCUUCCGAAUCUUUUCUCAUCUCAACUCACGUUUUACCGAACUCCUCUCUUUCUACUCACGCUAUUAUCAUUUCAAUUUCCAAUCGAUCACCAAAAACGAAAUGGAUUUGGUUUGUCAGGAAUCAUUUCGAGAGAAUGUUUGGAAAAUCUCCUCAUUGACACUCUCCGAUGAUGAUGACACGCCCUACCAGACUGAAUUAUUUUUCUCCUACAGAUUGCCUUUUCAUAAGUUCUUUUCAUUACGAUCGUUGUCUUUAUAUCAUAUCCGUUCUAAAGUGGCAUUCUAUUGGUUAUUAUCAAACUUAAGCGUUUUCCCGCAUUUCAGCUACUUAAAAAUCGAUCAAAUCGAUAUUGAUCGACAGGAUAUCUAUCCUUAUUGUUACUCAAUUUGGUCCCUGUUCACUCUUACCGACCUUUACAUAUCCGAUCCGAACCUUUUUCUCGAUUAUUUCUUGUACAAUCUCAACAUAUCUGUAUCUCUUAAACGCUUACAUCUAUUGGAAAGUUCGUUUCUGCCAACUGAAUUCGAAACCUUACUCAAACAUUCACCGUCCGUAGAAGAAUUAACAAUCGAAAUCUACCAAGAUUCGGAUGACGAUGAUCUUUCCAUCGACAUGGACUUGCAAAGCACUCUUCCAUUAAUAACAAUCCUAAAUCUAAAAUUUACCGGCUAUUUCAGUGGAUUAGAUCAUAUUCUUCAAUUAACACCACAUGUACUCAAAUUACACAUCGAAUUAUUCAAUCAGAAAAUCGAUGGCUAUCAAUGGCAAGACUUGAUUUGUAGACAUUUAAUGCACUUGUCAGAUUUUCACUUAAAAAUGUCGUUUUAUCUGACGAUGGACUGCGAUCUUGAAAUGGAAGUCGAUGAAUUAGUUGAAUCGUAUCAGAGAUCCUAUUGGACUUUACAACGGCAACUGCAUUUUCGUUGCCUAUCCAAUCUUGAAUACAACAAUUCGGAAGAGCAGUAUUUCGUUCUGUUCUAUAGUUUACCAUACGUAUUCGAUGCAUUCAAAUAUAUCAAACCUGUUUACUCGAAGUCGACGUAUAAUUUUCAAGUCACGGAAUGUGAAUCAUAUGACACCGUUCGUAUUCUCUGUCUGGUUCCCGAUGACGACAAACCUACUGACGAAAUCGAUGAAAGAAUUCAAUUUUCCAACCUUCGCCACCUUGUUAUUGGUUACACAUUCAAAUAUCUCGAUAUUUUCUGUCCAAAAUUGAACUUUUUAACAAUCCUCGACAUUCAGUAUCUCGACGGUCAAGUUCGAUCGCAUGUACAAACGUUACUUAAUCGUGCGCCUCGAUUACAAACGAUCAUUUUCAAUAAGAAUAACUGGUCGCUAUUUUUCCUUGCGAGUAAUUCUGUUCGACGUCUAUCUAUCCGAGAUGGAAUCUAUUACAACAUUCAACAAUGCGAGCAACUAUGUUCUUCUCCAUUGUUUCAACAAUGUCAAGUUUUAGAAAUCAAUCUUCAGAAGAAAACAAGUGUAGUCGAUCUCAUCAAUCGAAUGACGCGUCUGCGAACACUAAUUUUCCAGUGUCAAUGCGAGCAAUGGAAAGAAAGUCCGACGAAAUUAGAAACAUGGUUUAAACAUUAUUUACCAUCGCAGUAUUUGAUUAAGCGAGACGAAUCCGGAUCGUUUCGACUGUCGCUACAGUAA